GCCUGCCUCUCCUCAGACUGAACGAUGGCUGAAGCCCAGCUGUUUAUAUCACAGGAUGACUUCACCUGCUCACUGUGUCUGGACAUCCUGACUGACCCCGUGUCACUGCAUUGUGGUCACAGUUUCUGUCUGAAGUGCCUCACUGACUGCUGGGAUCAGAGCCAAGUGUGCCGCUGUCCUCAGUGCAGAGAAAUCUACAAUCUGAGGCCACAACUGAGAAGAAACACUGUGCUGAAUGAAAUCCUAGAAAAUCUAAAGAAGACAGGACUCAGUUCUUCUCCAUUUCAGAAAUAUGCUGGCCCUGGAGAUGUGGAGUGUGACGCCUGUACUGGGAAGAAGUUCAGAGCGGUGAAAUCCUGUCUAACCUGCAUGAUCUCCUUCUGUCAGACUCACCUGCAGCCUCACUAUGAGAUAGCAGCCUGGAAGGACCACAAGCUGACUGAUCCUGAUGGAAAUCUGAGGAGGAAACUCUGUGCAAAACAUCAGAAACGUCUGGAGAUAUUUUGCAAAACUGAUGAUUUGUGUAUCUGCAUGAUGUGUGUGGUGACUGGACAUAAAAGUCAUGAAAUAGUGGAGCUGGAGACGGAAAGAGAAGAAAAAGAGGAACAGUUGGGGGCAACACGGAGUGAAAUCAGGAGGAGACUUGAGGAGAGAGAGAAGAAAAUGAAGGAGAUGAGAAAUGUGGUGGAGCAGAUAAAAAUAUCUGUGGAAAGAGAAGUAAAGGAAAAUGAGAAAAGCUUCAUUGAUCUGAUCCACUGCAUUGAAGAAGCUCAGAAGAACUUGUUUGAGAGGAUGAGAGAACAAGAGAAGAGAGAAACAGAGAAGGCUGAAAGAGUCAUGGAACAACUAGAGAAGGAGAUUGAGGAGCUGAAGAAGAGAGACACUGAGCUGAAGGAGCUUUUGGACAACAAGGAUCACGUCCACUUCAUGCAGACUUUCUCAUCUCGCUGUGUCCUUCCUGCUGAUGGAGGCUUGCUCAGCUUUACUAUCACUGCUGAUUUCUCUUCUGAGGACCUGAGAAAUGAGCUAUCAUGUCUGAAAAAGAGUUUGGAAAAGAUCAUCCAGUGGGAUAUCAAGACAUCGACUCCAUCAGGAUUGAAGCUCUUAGAGGAGAUAGACACCAGAAACGAGCCACCUGCCCUUGACCCUCAUAUUAAAGAUCUCCAUGAGAAACACAGACAAACUGUGUCUGAAUCCACAAGGACUGUGGAGGCUCAGGCUACUUCUGGAGAUCUACACACCACAGCUGUGGGCUUUGAGACUCAAUACACAGAGUUGGUGGCCAUUGAACAGGACCAAAGAAACCAUAAGGAGACUGAACAUGAACUUGUGAAGACUGGUAGGCUUCAUGAAGAACUCAUGAAGAAAGAAGCAGCAGAGAAAUGUGAACGAAUCUGCAUUGAGCAGCUGUUUAGGAAAAGUCCUGUAAGUGUAAAUCCAGUCAACAUCAUAGUGGUCAGUGGGAUGGCCGGAAUAGGAAAGACCACCAUGAUUCAGAAGAUCAUGUAUGACUGGGCCAGAGGCACUCACUACCAGAGGUUUGCAUUUGUGUUCCUGUUUAAAUUUAUAGAGCUUAUCCUCCUAGACAAUGAGAAUGAGCCACAAAUGUCACUGACCAAACUGAUUGAAAGGCACUAUAAAUAUCUCAGUAAUGAUCCACUGAAAGAUGUUCUGAAGAAUCCUGAAACUCUCCUGUUUAUAUUCGAUGGACUGGAUGAGUACAAACACAAACUGGACUUCACCCAGAGUCAGCUCUGCUCAGACCCAGAUGUUGAGGUGCCUGUCCACAUCCUGGUCACCAGUCUGGUCAGUCGGACAUUACUGAAGGGCUGUUCAGUCCUGAUAACAAGCAGACCAACAGUGCUGGAAGCCAUGGACUUGGAAAGAGUCGAUCGGUUUGUAGAGAUCCUGGGGUUUUUCCCUGAACAAAGGCUGAUGUACUUUAAGAAGUUCUUUGGUGACACUGCUCUGGCUGGUGAGGCUUUUCAGUAUGUCAAGGAGAACACCAUCUUGUACACCAUGUGCUUCAGUCCAUCAUACUGCUGGAUGAUCUGCUCUGCACUGAAGAGCCACUUCAUGACACCUGAAAAAGCCAAAAAUGAAGCUCUGCAAGUAGGUCAGUGGCUCUGUGAGGCUGAGAAUAAGGAGUUAAUUAGAGACACCAUUGGAGAGGAUUUAAAGAUGGACUUUAGCAACAUGACUUUAUCUGCUGUGGACUGUGCUGUCCUGGCUGCUGUCAUCAGUUGCUGUGGAGAACUUAAAGAACUUAAUAUGUCAGGCACACCUCUGACCCCUGAGAGCAUCAAGAUACUGGAGCCGGGGCUCAGCUGCUGCAGUAAAGUCUGGCUGUUCACAUGUCAUCUCACCUCGGCCUGCUGCUCAGCUCUCUCCUCGGUCCUCUCUUCUCCAACCUCACGGCUGACAUAUCUAAACCUGGACAGAAACAACCUGGGAGAUUCAGGGGCUCGUCAGCUGAGUGAGGGGCUCAGGAGUGACAACUGUAAAUUAAAGACACUCCUGUUGUCUGAUUGUGGUGUCACCUCGGCCUGCUGCUCAGCUCUCUCCUCGGUCCUCUCGUCUCCAAACUCACGGCUGACAUAUCUGGGACUGAACAACAACAACCUGGAAGAUUUAGGAGCUUGUCAGCUGAGUGAGGGGCUCAGGAGUGACAAUUGUAAAUUAGAGAAACUGUGGUUGGGGUCUUGUGGUCUCACCUCGGCCUGCUGCUCAGCUCUCUCCUCGGUCCUCUCGUCUCCAAACUCACGGCUGACAUAUCUGAGUCUGAGCUUCAACAACCUGGGAGAUUCAGGGGCUCGUCAGCUGCGUGGGGGGCUCAGGAGUGACAACUGUAAAUUAAAAGAACUGGGGCUGCGGUACAACGGGAUCAGUGAGAGUGAGGAGAGGAACCUGAGGUCACUACGGCAGGAGCUGAGUAGGUCUGGACGUCAGCUGAUUAUCUACACAUGAGAAGACCAGCAGUGGUGAUCAGACUGACCCCCCUGUCAGUGAUGGAGCCCCCCAUUCACUCACCUCUAAAUUCUCCUCUUUCUUCUUUUUCUUCUACUCUCCACUCUGCUCCUCAUUUAAUAAACUCUCCGUGUCCCCUCAGCCUGUGUUAACGUCACUUUUAUUUUUAACACCUUGAGACCCUCAACUGGUGAAAAAACUCAAGUAGAUUUGGACCUACAGACCCCCCAAGUUUCACCACUAGAGGCAGUAAAGCAAUUGGGGCCAUCCUGUAAAGAGCCCCCCAAGUCGUCUGUCCCUGGGAGGAGCAAAGAGAGGAGGACAGUCCAGCUGUGG